CCCCUGUCGAUUUUUUAAAACAGGACUUGCAAGCCCCCAGGUAAGCAUCUAAUAAUGCCUUGUCUCGAUGUUUAUUACUAUGACUCUCGAAAGAUAUCCAAUGGCCGGGUUUGUUCUUACGGUUUGCGGGAUCUACACAAUUUCAUUAGCACCGCAUCCUAAUUUAUUUCCUUCGAUAUCGAAAAUGAAUAAAAUUGGUCUUGAGUGUUCUGAUGCUGCUGGCUCUUCAACAGUCACACACAUGCCCUCUCUCAUACACAGAAAGCGCCCACUUGCAAACAAAACAAAACAAAAAACAAAACAAAACAAACAAGGGAUGAAUGAACGCUGUUUUCACCGUGUUUGUGUUUU